CAAAUUUGAUUGUAAAUGUGAGUGUUUGACAGAGAAACAGAGAAGAACAAUGGGAGGAAGAACGCAUCAAAAAUCGGACUCAGAGGUGACAAGCAACAGCAUGGAGCAAUCUUCGUCGUCCCCGCCGCGUUCCCCUCCCCGGCGGCCACUGUACUACGUCCAAAGCCCUUCCAACCACGACGUCGAGAAGAUGUCAUACGGUUCAAGUCCGGUAGGCUCCCCUGCGCACCACCACUUCCAAUACUACCUCUCCUCCCCCAUCCACCACUCUCGUGAGUCCUCCACCUCUCGCUUCUCCGCCUCCCUCAAAAACCCCCUUCCUCUCCGCCACCAAAACCACCAACCACUCUCCUCAUGGAAGAAGCUUCACCACCAAACCGACGACGAUCUCGACGACGACGACGAGAACGACGCCGUUUACGACUCCACGCGAAACAUCCGGUUGUACUUCUGCUUCUUCUUGCUCUUCGUGCUUCUCUUCACCACAUUCUCGUUGAUCCUGUGGGGUGCAAGCAAGAGCUACAAGCCUCGUGUAAUCAUCAAGAGCAUAGUGUUUGAGAAUUUGAAUGUACAAUCGGGGAGCGAUGGGUCAGGGGUACAAACAGAUAUGUUGUCGUUGAAAUCAACGGUGAGGAUGUCUUACAGGAAUCGUGGUACUUUCUUUGGUGUUCAUGUCACUUCAACCCCUUUUCAGCUGAGCUAUUUCCAGCUCACAGUUGCCUCAGGCCAGAUGAAGGAGUUCUAUCAAAGAAGGAACAGUCACCGGAAUUUAACAGUAGUGGUGACGGGACACCAGGUUCCACUGUAUGGUGGUGUCUCAGAACUUGGAAAUAUUAAAGAGCACUUGGACAGAGUCGCGUUGCCGCUGAACCUGACAUUUGUAGUGAGAUCAAGGGCUUUCAUCUUGGGAAGAUUGGUUAAGUCUAAAUUCUAUCGAAGAAUCAGAUGCUCUGUCACUUUGCAUGGGAACAAGCUUGGAAAGCCUCUUCAUUUGAAGGAUUCAUGUGUCUACAAGUGAUAAUUAAUUGAUUAUUUAUGUCCCCUUUACGUGUAAAGAUAGCUGCUACUACAAUUUUUGCUUGUUGUUUGUUGCCACACAUCGUCUCCUAGGACGCACUUCUUUAUAUGUUUCCAUUGGGUUCUUUUUGGUACUAGAAUGUCUCGUCUGCUAUGGAUACUCAUGAGCCUUCUUAAGUAUAUAAAUGCCAAUUCUAAUGUAAA